AUGGACAAAUCGUGCAUUGAAUUACAAGUUGAUCAGCUGUUGUUGUUGCUAGACUUUCAAGUGACGAAUCCUCUUGGUCCUUUGGAAAGAAAUACAAUAGCUAAGCCAAUCUAUACAGAGGAGUUAAAGAACAAAAAUAAACUAAUUACCAAAGAUGGAUCUCACAGAAAAAAUGUUUGCAAGUUGCAAGUGUUCUAUGAGGAGCUUAACUUGGAGGUGAUAACUGAACAGCGGUCUUACGAGAUUGAGGAUUUCGUGUCCGACAUUGGCGGUCAGUUGGGUCUGUGGAUUGGAUUCUCUGUACUGACCGUGGCGGAGUUCUUGGAGCUAUUCAUGUUGCUAUUCCACGCAGCGCUUAAAAUCUGCAGAGCUAAGAAAACAGCCGAGCCAAAAAACAACCCAUAUCGGAUCUAGAGGAUAGAGGAAAAUCCUUCACUUUUAUCUGCUCUGAUCAUCAUCAUUUGUUACUUUUCGACGCAUUAUUUAUACAUAGCCAAAGAGGCACUAAUUUGUUAUUUUCGGUUUGAAGAAAUUGAAAAAGAAAGAUUAUCUAAGCGGUUCACUUGGAAAAUAAUAAACUCAACGACAUCAAGCUACAUCAAGUUUUUUAAAACAUGCAAUGGACAAAUCGUGCAUUGAAUUACAAGUUGAUCAGCUGUUGUUGUUGCUAGACUUUCAAGUGACGAAUCCUCUUGGUCCUUUGGAAAGAAAUACAAUAGCUAAGGUAAUGCUUAUCAGCUUUAUCCAUACACGAGCUUAAGUCAACGAACGGUUAUUUAUUGCAGGUUCUUAACCCAUAAUAUAUAGAUUUAGCCUAGCCUAAAAGCGGAGCUCAUGGGCCGGGUUAUUCAAAGCCCGAUUAAGAUAC